AUGACAAUAGUCACUUCCUCAAAGAUAUGGAAACAACCAGAAAUGUAUAAUCAUGAGAAAGAUAAUGACAUCAAUGAAUCAGUGACGAAAAAAUUAACAACAGGUUUUAUUCAUAAUUAUCAAAAAUGCAAUCCUCAGAUUGAUUUUAAUACUUUUAUCGUUCGUCGUAUCUUAACAAUUCCAAGUACUCCAUUACCAAAUAACCAAGAUGAUAAUGAGUGUUAUAACUUAAUUGUUAGAGUAGAUGAUAUUUUAGGUGCUGAUUUUUCUACCUCUCAAUAUCGAGUUAUUGGAUUAUUAGGUCAAGGUUCUUUUGGUGAAGUAUUUAGGUGUUUAGAUUUACAAACUAAUCAAUUAGUUGCAGUAAAAGUUUUAAAAAACCAACUAGUUUAUUUAAGACAAGGAAUGUUAGAAUUAGCAAUAUUAACAUUAUUAAAUGGGUAUUAUGACCCAAUUGGAGAAUUUCAUACAAUAAGAAUGAUGGAUCAUUUUAUGUUUAAAAGUCAUUUAUGUAUUGUUUGUGAAUUAUUAUCAAUUAAUCUAUAUGAUGCAUUAAAAAUGAAUGAUUAUAAAGGACUUCCAUAUAAUUUCAAUCAAUCAGUUUGUAAACAAUUAGUUUGUUCUCUUCAAUUGUUAAGAGAAAAUGGAAUAAUUCAUUGUGACAUUAAACCAGAGAAUAUCAUGUUAUUAGCUUCAUCGUCAAAAAUUCGUUUAAUAGAUUUUGGUUCAGCAUGUUUCCAAGAUAGUCCAUUAUAUACUUAUAUUCAAUCUCGCCAUUAUCGUUCUCCAGAAAUUAUUAUUGGAUUACCAUAUUCACCAGCAAUAGAUAUGUGGUCAUUUGGUUGUGUUGUUGCUGAAUUAUUUCUUGGGAUUCCUUUAUUUGCUGGAAGUAGUGAACAUAAUCAAUUAAGUAAAAUCAUCCAAUUAAUUGGAAUGCCAAGUACAACAUUAUUAAAAAAAGGAAGUCGAACUGAUGAAUUUUUUUGGAGAAGAAGACCAUCACCAAAAAUUGUUCAACACGAAAAUGGUGAAGUAAGUGCUGUAGAGACAUGUGAAGAUGAAUAUUUUGUAUUGAAGACACGAUACGAAUAUGAAAAAUCUAUGAAUACACACAUUACAGCAAACAAAAAUUAUUUCAGUGAAAGUACCUUAGAAGGAGUUAUUAAAAGUUGCAUGAAUGAUAUUGAAAUGAACGAAGAAGAAGCAGAUGUGUUGAUUGAUUUUUUGAAAAAAAUCUUUGUAUAUGAUCCAAAUGAACGAAUGACUCCAACAGAAGCAUUAAACCAUCCAUUUAUUAAGAGUAUUGAUAGAAAUAAUCCUAUAAAAGAAAUGAAAGAAAUAAAAGAAAUAGAACGUAUUCGGUGUGUUAAAUUAACUGGAGAAGAGGCAAAAGAAAUAGUAUUUCCUAAUAAACAUGAUAAUAUAGAAAUUUAUAAUGCAGAAAAUUAUUAUCGAACUUAUGUAACUGCAUUACAACAUGGAAUUGUUUUAAAUAUAUUAGACCCCAACCCAUUCUCAUUACCUACAUUAGCAGUAUUUCAUCCACAACUUGGGUUUGCUAUUUUACUUCAUAAAAAUAAUGUUAGUAAAAAUGAAGGUGAAUUUGUUCCAUUACCAUUUAAUAAAUCAAAACGUGUUACUGUUGAACAAAAAGAAGAAAAAACACCUAUAAUGACAUUUUUCGAUGGAAGUACGGUUGUUACUGCAACUCCUGUUUAUAAUGAACAAAUGAUGUCAUUGUAUGAACAAGCUCAAAAAUCAACUGAUGACUAUAUGUUAACUUAUAAUUUUGACAGUAUGUAUAAUUAA